GUCUCGUCUCGUCCGUCUCCUCCUCCUUGGCUCAAUUUCUCGUCGCGCUCCUUCCAAAAUAUCGCCCACGAUCCCCACCUCUCCUCCUUCCUGCACCCCUUCGCCGGCGCGCAGUGGAGAUCCAUCCGGGCGUGGAUCGGCGCCUUCCUUCUCCGAUUUUCAAUGUACGUUAGGCUAAAAAUGCUUUGGUCUGAAACCUACCUGCUCUUUUUUCUCACCAAAGAUGGUCUCAGCCAACAUAUAUCAACACUUGUGAUGAUACGUCACUGAAGCUGCAAUAAGCAUGCCUGUUGUGCAAAUAAUGAUGCUUAACUAUUCAUGCUGUGACACCCUCGAAUGGAACUUUCUUCUGAUGCAACCGUGUACGACCAAACUGUGUAUUGAAGUGCCUGCGAUGAGUUUUAGUGGUGGUGAGGGAUCAAAGGUGUGGAGUUCUAUUUGUGUUCAGUGAUUCUUGGCAAAAGCUCUUUGGCAAAGCUUACAAUCAUGGAAAGGUAUAAAUUGAUAAGGGAGAUAGGUGAUGGAACAUGUGGAAAUGUUUUCAUGGCUUAUAAUAUAGAAACAAAUGAAACUGUUGCUGUUAAAAAAAUGAAGAGACAGUUUUACCAAUGGGAAGAAUGCAUUAGUCUGCGAGAAGUGAAGGCUCUUCAGAAGCUAAUUCACCCUAACAUUGUGAAGCUGAAGGAGGUGACGAUGGAAAACCAUGAGCUGUUCUUCAUCUUUGAACACAUGGAAUGUAAUUUAUACGAUGUCAUUAGAGAAAGGCAAGCUGCAUUUUCUGAAGGGGAUAUUCGGAGUUUUAUGGUCCAAAUAUUGCAAGGUCUUGCAUAUAUGCAUAAUAAUGGAUAUUUCCACCGUGAUUUGAAACCUGAAAAUUUGUUGGUGACAAAUGGUAUUGUUAAAAUUGCUGACUUCGGGUUAGCAAGAGAAGUAUUCUCCAGUCCUCCUUACACUGAUUAUGUUUCUACCAGAUGGUAUCGGGCUCCAGAAGUUCUGCUGCAAUCGUCAGCUUACACACCUGCUAUUGACAUGUGGGCCGUCGGUGCAAUUUUGGCUGAGCUUUUCACAUUGUCUCCGCUUUUUCCUGGUGAAAGUGAGACAGAUCAGCUUUACAAAAUAUGCACUGUGCUUGGGACUCCAGAUUGUACCGUCUGGCCAGAGGGAAUGAACCUUCCUCGUUCAAGUAGCUUUAAGUUUUUUCAGAUUCCUCCAAGAAAUUUAUGGGAGCUUAUUCCUAAUGCUUCUUUGGAAGCUGUUGACUUGAUUCAGCAACUUUGUUCCUGGGAUCCACGAAGGAGGCCAACUGCUGAGCAAGCACUACAGCAUCCCUUCUUUAAUGUGUGCAACUGGGUGCCAAGACCUCUCCAUGAUGCUUCCCGUACAAUAACAAAUGAAUAUAAAGCACAUCCGAAAUUGGAACUGAACCUGUGGGAUUUCAGCACAGAACCUGAUGACUGUUUCCUUGAUUUGACUCUCAGUCUGAAGCCAAGUUUUCCUGGAACAGACCUUGCUAACCAUGUUCCUCAACAUACAGAAGAGGAAAUUCUACUAUACCCAGGAUUUGAGAAUACCCCAAUCCCAGGGAAGUCGGGUCUUUGGCCUCUCGUGUCAUCAGAUCGUCCCAUUGGUGAUGUUCCAGCCAUGCCAUCCUGGCCACAGGCAUACAUGGUUGACAGCCAAGCCUCAUUGUCAGGAUUAUCCGGUUCUCCAUUCGGCCUGUCCUUACAGCCGAACCUGUUGGAGAACCAUUCACUAGCACCUAUCCGGCAGGUCAAUUUCUUCUGACCGAAAACACAAUUAACAGAUUGAGCAUUCAUACGAUUCUUCCCUUCUCCAUACGUCCAGCUUCUUGCUUUAUACACUAGACUCAAAUAAGUUGCGGCAGUAGAGGAAAUGUAUAUACUAUUCGUAGCUCUUGAAUUUUUCUUCUUCUGGUUAUUCCAUAUUAUGUACAUAACAUGAGCAUCUCCCAAACAGUUUUGUAUGACGUUAUUCCAGUGAUCUGGAUGAGUGAUGCCUGACGAGUUCGUGAGCAUCUAUCUAUGUGGAGUAUUUUUCCUUUGUUUAUGCUACUAUACUGUUAUAGUGGUGCUAUCGAGAUAGGAGUAUUUCCCGGCGCAGUAAGCGAACGUCACGUCGGAGUCUUUGAGUAUCAUGUAUGAUAUGACCUGACAGUUUUGAUGCUACUGUAUUUGGGUUA